CACCAGGGCUUUACAAUUACAAAAAAGCAACAUAAAAAACUACCUGUCACUUUUUUUCUCUCUCUCUCGUUAUAUUAGGGCUAUUGGAUUUCGCUAGUUCAACCGGUUGAAGUACGAAUAAAUAAAUAAAUAAAAAGGCCAUAUAAUAUACGAUAUACACACAUAAGGCGCAGAUGGUCGCUAUCCUAGGCGACAUGGACAUCAGCGGUGAGCCACCAAUCUAUACGUAUCAUGUAGUACCAUCAGCCCUGAUCCUUACCAAGGUCGGUACGGACUCUGACGCUCUCAUUCAUGUCUUAUCGACACAUGGCCAAUGUGCCUCAGCGCGCCCACAGGUUGACAGGUUGGGCAACGCUCUCGUGCUACAGAGUACGUACUCCUAUAAUAUCGUCAUUAUUGUCAUCGGCGUCAAUGCUGAUGCAGUGAUACGUAGAUUGUCGAAGACACUCGCUACCAGACAUGCGCACGGGGAUCCGCCCUCCUUGAGCUAGGUACACUAUUGUUACGAAGGUUAGAAAGCGGCAUCGAUCAAUCACUGGCCCGUUGAACUCGAGGCAGGGAUUAGAGGUGUACAGCCAACCAUCGUGAUCGCAGAAGGUCAGUCAAGUGGA